AAACACCGUUGUCCUUAAAAAGGCUACAAUUAAAGAAAAAAACAAAAUUAGUAUUUUAAAAGAGAAUUCUUGACGGCAAAGCAAUAAGACACGCGCCGCCUCAAGCAGCAACGUUCUUCUGCUGAUUCUCGAGGUUCAUUCUCUUGCUUUUCCUUCAAUUUUCUUAGUGCCCCUUUGGUUCCUGAGAAAAUUUUGGAUUUUCAAGUUGGAAUCAAGAACCAAGCUGAGAGCUUUAUCGGUUCUUCAAAUCCCAAAACCCUAACUGCUUUGGGAAGCCAAUGGCAACUUCUAGUUCACUGAAGGAAUAUCUAAAACGGUACGAGACAAAAAACGAAGAAGAGGAACAGAAGAAGGAAAGGAAGAAGAAGAAGAAGAUAACCAAGCCAGAGUCCUCAGGCGUUUUAGUUGUCGAUGAGGACCCAGUCUGGCAAAAACCUGUUAAACUCGAAGAAGACGAGGAUGGCAAUGAUUCACCUGAUGAGAAGCCGCUAGUGGAUGAAGAUAUAGAAGUAAAAAGAAUGAAAAGGCUGGAACAAAUUAGGUUGAGGAGGGGAUACAAUGCUAUUGCAGAGGAUGGUAGUGGCUGGGUUUCGCUUUCUCCUAAACGUGCGAAUGUUAUGGAUCCUAAUUCUGAUAUUUCCCCUCCUCGUAGGCUGAGGACUCAAAAUGACACGCCUUCUCCAGAACCUGGGCUGAGGCAUUCAAACUCUGGAAGAGAAGUUGAAGAUUUGUCACCUCCAAGAAAACCACGUUCCCCUGGAUUUAGAUCUGAUUUAUCGCUACCAAGAAGAAGUAGGGCUCAGAAUGGCAUGGCAUCAAGAGAAGAUGCUGAUUUAUCACCUCCUCGAGGGAGGGUAUCUUGGACUGACUCACCAGAACCUCAAGUUAAGGCUACUGAUUUAUCUCCUCCACGGAAAUGGAGGGUUCGGAAUGAUUCACCUUCACCAGAACCUAUAGUGAACAGAGCACAUACUGAUUUGUCACCACUUCGGAAACGGAGGGUUAGAAAUGACACCCCUUCACCAGAACGCAGGGUGAAGCCUUUGAGAAAGGAUACCGAUCUGUCAUUUUCACGGAAAAGGUCGAGACACCACCAUACACAAUCACCUGAGCCUGAUAUGCCCCCGCCUAGAAGAUCUCGUACUCAAACAUCAGAAAUUGUUCAUGAUUUGGAUCUCUCUCCUCCAAGGAAAAAUAGGAAGGAAUCAGCUGGUUCUGCUUCUUUGAAGGAGCAACCAAAAACUGGUUUAAUUUCUGGAAGUGAAAUCCGGGAAGAAAUUUCUAAAACCAAGAAGGAUGAUUGGUUAAGGUUUAAGGAGAUGGAUCCAACUAUAAGUGGACGAGGUGCUGAACCUGUAUAUCGUGAUAAGACAAAAGGGGAACGCAUAUCAAAGGAAGAGUACCUGAAGUCAAAACAAAAAGGGGAAGAUAAGCCCAAGGAGAAAGAGUUGGAAUGGGGCAAAGGCUUAGCCCAAAAGCGAGAAGCUGAAGCUAGGUUGCAAGAAUUAGAACUUGAGAAGAAUAAACCAUUUGCUCGAACCAGGGAUGACUCAGAGCUCGACAAUAUGUUGAAGGAUAGACUAAGAUGGGGUGAUCCUAUGGCACAUUUGGUCAAGAAAAAGCAUUCUAAGCCAGUUCUUAGAGACCUAGGGGAUGCUGAGCAGAUGAAGGAAUCAGGGUUCAUAAUUCCUCAAGACAUUCCUGCACAUAGUUGGAUAGUAAGAAAAUUAGAUGCUGCACCAAAUCGAUAUGGUAUAAGACCGGGAAGACAUUGGGAUGGAGUUGAUCGUAGUAAUGGUUUUGAGAAGAAAAUGUUCACAAAAUUAAACGAGAAACGGGCCACAGAAAGGGAAGCAUAUCUCUGGUCCGUAUCCGACAUGUGAUUCAAGGCAUCGACCGCAAUCUUUUGAGCACCCAUUCAUUCACUGGUUGACGCUGUCUCAAAUAGUACAUUUCUAUGCAACCUUUUAAUCUUAAUAUCUAAUUUUUCAAUCACGAUAUUGUACAAGUCAUACAGAGUGGAACCCAGAAUAUUUUUAUUAAUGUAGCUGCCUGAAUUUCUCAAAUGAACAAAUUUACAUUGAGUUAAAGACUUGAGUGCAUUUAGCAGAAAGCGAGUGAAAAGCAAGACUUUGAAGCUCUUCCAACUCUGUUAAUGGCACUGGGAUUGUAAUCUUAGAAGAGCAGGAAAGUUACAUGCUGAAAUUGAGAGAUUAUAUGCUUAGUGUAUAUUUCUGCCAUUGUAUCCGAUGUUUUUCCUCCAUGGUUGAUUC